CAGCCGAGGGGAGCGUCGCGAGCAGAUGCCGCGGGGGCCGCUCGCAGCCGCCGCCGACUUGUGAAUGGGACCCGGACUGGGGCCGGGGCUGACACCGCUGCGCUCGCCCUGCGCCAGGGACCAACGGCCCGCACCUCGCGCCCACCCUCCAGGGCCCCAGAAAUCACUGUAUUUUCGGCUCAGUGGCCUCCUGACGACCAUUCCUGUUGCCAUUUGUUGAAUGACCAAUCAGAUGGGUGGAGUUCUGUGUUAUAGAAAUUGGCAGCAAGUAUCCAAUGGGUGAAAAAGGGGCCAGCCGGGGAAGUGGGCAGUGCUGACGUGAUGUGCACAGCGAGGAGAGACAUUUCAGUCCCAGGAAGGUCUGCGUGACGCGUGUGGGAGCCGCCGUUGGCCAAGCCGCCGCACGGCCGGUGGGAGGGGUGACAGCCGCAUUCGCCUGUGCCUACCACGUAACCAAAAAUGAAGGAGAACUACUGUUUACAAGCCGCCCUGGUGUGCCUGGGCGUGCUGUGCCACAGCCAGGUCCUCGCCACCGAGCGGAGGAGCCACCUGCGACCCUCGUUCCACGGGCACCAUGAGAAGGGCAAGGAGGGCCAGGUGCUGCAGCGCUCCAAGAGAGGCUGGGUCUGGAACCAGUUCUUCGUGAUAGAGGAGUACACCGGGCCUGACCCCGUGCUCGUGGGCAGGCUUCAUUCCGAUAUUGACUCUGGUGAUGGGAACAUUAAAUACAUUCUCUCAGGUGAAGGAGCCGGAACCAUUUUUGUGAUUGAUGACAAAUCAGGGAACAUUCAUGCCACCAAGACACUGGACCGAGAGGAGAGAGCCCAGUACACGCUGAUGGCUCAGGCGGUGGACAGGGACACCAACCGGCCCCUGGAGCCGCCGUCGGAAUUCAUCGUCAAGGUCCAGGACAUUAAUGACAACCCUCCUGAGUUCUUACACGAGACCUAUCACGCCAACGUGCCUGAGAGGUCCAACGUGGGAACGUCAGUAAUCCAGGUGACAGCUUCAGAUGCAGAUGACCCCACCUAUGGAAACAGUGCCAAGUUAGUGUACAGUAUCCUGGAAGGACAACCCUACUUUUCAGUAGAAGCACAGACAGGUAUCAUCAGAACAGCCCUUCCCAACAUGGACAGGGAAGCCAAGGAGGAGUACCACGUGGUGAUCCAAGCCAAGGACAUGGGUGGACACAUGGGUGGACUCUCAGGGACAACCAAAGUGACGAUCACACUGACCGAUGUCAAUGACAACCCACCAAAGUUUCCACAGAGCGUAUACCAGAUGUCUGUGUCAGAAGCAGCUGUCCCCGGGGAGGAAGUGGGACGAGUGAAGGCUAAAGACCCAGACAUUGGAGAAAAUGGCUUAGUCACGUACAAUAUUGUUGAUGGAGAUGGGAUGGAAUUGUUUGAAAUCACGACGGACUAUGAAACACAGGAGGGCGUGGUGAAACUGAAAAAGCCUGUAGAUUUUGAAACCAAAAGAGCAUACAGCUUGAAGGUAGAAGCAGCCAACGUGCACAUCGACCCGAAGUUCAUCAGCAAUGGGCCUUUCAAAGACACCGUGACAGUCAAGAUUGCAGUAGAAGAUGCUGACGAGCCCCCCAUGUUCUUGGCCCCGAGUUAUAUCCACGAAGUCCAAGAAAAUGCAGCCCCUGGCACUGUGGUGGGGAGAGUGCAUGCCAAAGACCCUGAUGCUGCCAAUAGUCCAAUAAGGUAUUCAAUCGAUCGUCAUACUGACCUGGACAGGUUUUUCACUAUUAAUCCAGAGGAUGGUUUUAUUAAAACGACGAAACCUUUGGAUAGAGAAGAAACUGCCUGGCUCAACAUAUCAGUUUUUGCAGCAGAAAUCCAUAACCGGCAUCAGGAAGCCAAAGUCCCUGUGGCCAUUAGGGUCCUUGAUGUCAAUGACAAUGCUCCCAAGUUUGCUGCCCCUUACGAAGGCUUCAUCUGUGAGAGUGACCAGACCAAGCCACAUUCUAACCAGCCAAUUGUUACAAUUAGUGCAGAUGACAAGGAUGACACAGCCAAUGGACCAAGAUUUAUCUUCAGUCUACCCCCUGAAAUCAUUCACAAUCCAAAUUUCACAGUCAGAGACAACAGAGCCCGAGCUUCAAAGGCAACUCAGCAGGCAGCAGGAAACUAGAACACUGGAUAACUCUUCAACAUUUGAGUCCAUCUUGGGCUAUUAAUAUCAGGAGUGGUGCUGUUUGAGGAGAUGAAGAGCUGAUCCACCCAGGCUUUGAGAUGCAUUUACUUUGAAAAUAUUAGACUUAUGGCAUCUUUAAAGAACACAAGGAACAUGUAAUGAAUAAGAAAAGUGCAAAGAAAAAAAAAAAAAGAAAAAACUGAGAAUAGCCCCUCUCGUUUAUGUGGUUCUUCACUGGAUUAUAAAACCUUGUAAUGCCCAUUGUUCCACUUAAUUCCUAAACAGCCCCAGGAAGUAGGCAUUUUGGAUAUUUUUAUCCCCAUUUGCUAGAUGAGGAAAGAAAAUGAAGCAUCAGAAGAUUCAGAGAACUUGCCCAAGGUCAUUCUAGUGAAUUGAACUAAAAUGUCUGAGUGUUUAAAGGGUUCUGUCUGGUGUAGUAACACUUUAUAUAUUAUGAAUAUAGAACUUGUGUCUUUUUUAAUUAAUUAUUUUUAAAAAAUCUUUGUUUAGCCCAUAAUCAAAUAACAACAAUUUUCAGGAGAAAAAAAAAUCUAAAAUUCAAUUCAUCAAUCUAGUAUUCCAGGGAAAGUGUGAAUAGAAAAGGAGAAACUAUACUUCAAGUAUAAUUUUAAUCACAGCCAUGGUAAUUGUUGUAAAAUAUAUUUACCAAGAAUUUUAUAAUUUUCUUCUACUGCAUAAUUAAUGCAUAUUCCUUGUAGAAAAAUUAAAAAAUACAAACAAGCAGAAAUAAAAUUAGAAAUAAUAAAAUGACUUGAUAAUAUACUAUCCAGAAAUAAUCACUGCUAAUUUUUAUAGCCUUCCAGACUUUUUCUUGGCAUAUAUUUUGAUCUUUAAAAAAGGCAACCAUAAAAUAAUGUCUGCUUUUUCCCUACAUAAUAAUACAUGAUAUGCAUUUUUCAGCAUCAGUAUAUUUAUGUCAACAUUUUUUUCCCUAAAUAUCCUCCUAACUUCAUAAUAAGGGUUUGUGAUAUCAGUUGACUACUGUUGUGUAAGUACAUUGUUUUCACACACCUUUGCCAAAUAUCUAAUUAUUCAUUUAGGAUGGAUUCCUAGAGUGGAAUUACUGUAUCAGAAGCUUUUGAUACUUAAUUGACAAAUUGCCUAUCAGAAAUAUUAUACCAAUUUAUAAUAGCAUCUGUAAAAUAGUUAAGCUCCCAUUUCCUCACAGUCAGACCAACUCUAGAUACUAUUGUUCUUUUUAAAUGAUUCACAAAUUGAUAAGUGAAUUAUAAUCACAUAUCACAUUUAAAAUUUUCAAUUCCUUUCAUGACUAGUAAAGUUAGGAUUUUUAAAGUAAGUAUUGAUUCUGUUUUUGCUUUAUAAAUUGACUACUCAUGUCCUUUACCCAUUUUUUGAAUUCUAUAUUCACCAAUUUGCAAUUGACUUAUAAAAGUCUCUUCAUGUUUUAAUGCUGUUAACCUGUGACUUAUCAUACCUAUUGCAUAGAUUUCCCCAAUGUUUCAAUGUCCUUUCAGUCUUGAUUAUGCUGUGUUCUAAAGUGCAGAUGUUGUUCUUUUUGUAUCAGUUUUUCUGUUUAAUAUUAUUCUUAGCAAGACUUUCUUCAUGCAAAAUUAACGUCAAUAUUCACCUAGCUUAUCUUCUUAUACAUCAUGUUUCCCAUUUCAACUGUUUAUCCACAUUAAAUAAAUACACAGGCUCCCUUUGUAGGCCAUUUCCUAAAUAUCAUUUAAGAAAUGGUCAUUUCCAAUUGCUCUGUAACGCCAUCCUUAUUUUCACCUAUAUUACAUACUGUUAGAUUCUCUUUGCACUAUCACCUCUCCCUAUUCUAUUUUCUCUCAUGAUAGUAUCAUAUUUUUCUUUAAUGGCUGCACACGUAUAAUGUGUAUUUUAAA